AGGUUACCUAGGGUGAAACAAAAUUACAGGCUUGGAGACUCUGGAAAAGCUCAGCAUCAGCAUUUGAGAUCAUUUUUAUAGUUCAUAGGUUUUGUUGUUUUUAAGAGCCGAAGCUUGCAAAUUAUGUGAUUAAUCUACAAGCUGAUAUCAUGAUGUCAAAAUGCAGUUCGGGAAGCAUAAACACAGAGACUGCGGAAAUUAAAACGUAGGCUGUGCUGAAACAAAAAUGCAAUGAAAGAAACACUGGAUGAAUGAAUGAAAAGCCCUGCUUUGCAAUCCCUCAGCAUGGCGGGACUGCAGCUCAUGACCCCUGCUUCCUCCCCAAUGGGUCCAUUUUUUGGACUACCAUGGCAACAAGAAGCAAUUCAUGAUAACAUUUACACGCCAAGAAAAUAUCAGGUUGAACUGCUUGAAGCAGCUUUGGAUCAUAAUACAAUAGUCUGCUUAAACACUGGCUCAGGGAAGACUUUUAUUGCAGUACUACUCACUAAAGAGCUGUCCUAUCAGAUCAGGGGAGAUUUCAACAAAAAUGGAAAAAGAACUGUGUUCUUGGUCAACUCAGCAAAUCAAGUUGCUCAACAAGUGUCAGCUGUCAGGACACAUUCAGAUCUUAAAGUGGGAGAGUAUUCAAGUUUAGAGACAACUGAAUCAUGGACAAAAGAGAAGUGGAGUCAGGAAUUCUCUAAGCAUCAGGUUCUGGUUAUGACAUGUCAUAUUGCUUUGACUGUUUUGAGAAAUAAGUAUUUAUCCCUGUCAAAUAUUAAUCUUCUGGUGUUUGAUGAGUGCCAUCUUGCAAUCCAGGAUCACCCAUACUGUGAAAUUAUGAAGAUCUGUGAGGAUUAUCCAUCAUGUCCUCGAAUCUUGGGAUUAACAGCUUCCAUUUUAAAUGGGAAAUGUGAUCCUGCUGAGUUGGAGGAGAAGAUCCAGAAACUGGAGAAAAUUUUAAAGAGUAAUGCUGAAACUGCAACUGAUUUGGUGGUCUUAGACAGAUAUACUUCUCAGCCGUGUGAGAUUGUUGUGGACUGUGGACCAUAUACUGACAAAAGUGGGUUGUAUGGAAGAUUAUUAAAGGAAUUGGAUGAAGCGCUUGCUUUUCUAAAUGACUGCAACAUAUCUGUACAUUCAAAAGAAAGAGAUUCUACAUUAAUUUCUAAGCAGAUAUUGUCAGACUGCCGAGCUGUGUUGGUUGUUCUGGGACCCUGGUGUGCAGAUAAGGUAGCCGGGAUGAUGGUGAGAGAGCUACAGAAGUAUAUCAAACACGAACAAGAGGAGCUGCACAGGAAAUUUUUAUUGUUUACAGACACUUUCCUAAGGAAAAUACAUGCACUCUGUGAAGAGCACUUCUCGCCUGCCUCACUUGACCUGAAAUUUGUAACCCCAAAAGUAAUAAAGCUGCUUGAAAUCUUGCGCAAAUAUAAACCAUAUGAACGGCAGCAGUUUGAAAGUGUUGAAUGGUAUAACAAUAGGAAUCAGGAUAAUUAUGUGUCUUGGAGUGAUUCUGAAGAUGAUGAUGAGGAUGAAGAAAUUGAGGAGAAAGAGAAGCCAGAGACUAAUUUCCCAUCUCCCUUUACUAAUAUUUUAUGUGGAAUUAUUUUUGUGGAAAGAAGAUACACAGCAGUUGUUCUAAAUAGGUUGAUAAAAGAAGCUGGCAAGCAAGAUCCAGAACUGGCUUACAUCAGUAGCAAUUUUAUAACUGGACAUGGCAUUGGCAAGAACCAGCCUCGUAACAAGCAGAUGGAAGUAGAAUUCAGAAAACAGGAAGAGGUUCUUAGAAAAUUUCGCGCACAUGAGACCAACCUACUUAUUGCUACUAGUAUUGUAGAAGAGGGUGUUGACAUACCAAAAUGCAACUUGGUGGUGCGUUUUGAUUUGCCCACAGAAUACCGUUCCUAUGUGCAGUCAAAAGGAAGAGCUAGAGCACCAAUUUCCAAUUAUAUCAUGUUAGCAGAUACAGACAAAAUCAAAAGUUUUGAAGAAGAUCUUAAGACAUACAAAGCAAUUGAGAAGAUCCUGAGAAACAAAUGCUCAAAAUCUGUCGAUAACAAUGAAACUGAAACCGAACCCAUUGUUGAUGAUGAUGAUGUAUUUCCACCUUAUGUGUUGAGGCCAGAUGAGAACAGUCCAAGAGUUACUAUUAACACUGCUAUUGGACACAUAAAUAGGUACUGCGCUAGAUUACCAAGUGAUCCAUUUACACACCUAGCUCCCAAGUGUAAAACCCGAGAACUACCUGAUCAUACGUUUUACUCUACUCUCUACCUGCCAAUCAACUCACCUCUUCGAGCUUCAAUUGUUGGUCCUCCAAUGAGUUGUGCAAGACUGGCUGAGAGAGUUGUAGCUCUUAUUUGCUGUGAAAAACUGCACAAAAUCGGUGAACUGGAUGAUCAUUUGAUGCCAGUUGGUAAAGAAACGGUUAAAUAUGAGGAGGAGCUUGAUUUACAUGAUGAAGAAGAAACCAGUGUUCCAGGAAGGCCAGGCUCUACAAAACGAAGACAAUGCUAUCCUAAAGCUAUUCCAGAAUGUUUAAGGGAUAGUUAUCCCAAACCUGAUCAGCCCUGUUACCUGUAUGUGAUAGGAAUGGUGUUAACGACUCCUCUACCUGAUGAGCUCAACUUCAGGAGACGAAAGCUAUAUCCUCCUGAGGAUACAACAAGAUGUUUUGGCAUAUUGACAGCCAAACCUAUACCUCAGAUUCCUCACUUUCCUGUGUAUACUCGCUCUGGAGAGGUUACAAUAUCUAUUGAGCUUAAGAAAUCUGGUUUUACGCUGUCACUGCAAAUGCUUGAGCUGAUAACGCGACUCCAUCAGUACAUUUUUUCACAUAUUCUUCGUCUUGAGAAACCUGCACUAGAGUUCAAACCCACAGAAGCUGAUUCAGCCUAUUGUGUUCUACCUCUUAAUGUUGUUGAUGACUCCAGCACUUUGGACAUUGACUUUAAGUUUAUGGAAGACAUUGAGAAAUCUGAGGCACGUACAGGCAUUCCCAGUACACAAUAUACAAAAGAAAUGCCUUUUAUUUUCAAGUUAGAAGAUUACCAAGAUGCGGUUAUCAUUCCACGAUAUCGAAAUUUUGAUCAGCCUCAUCGAUUCUAUGUAGCUGAUGUAUACACUGAUCUUACUCCACUCAGUAAAUUCCCUUCCCCUGAAUAUGAAACCUUUGCUGAAUAUUAUAAAACAAAGUAUAAUCUUGACCUGACCAAUCUCAACCAGCCACUGCUGGAUGUGGACCAUACAUCUUCAAGACUUAAUCUUUUGACUCCUCGCCAUUUGAAUCAGAAGGGGAAAGCACUUCCACUAAGCAGUGCUGAGAAGAGGAAAGCAAAGUGGGAAAGUUUGCAGAAUAAGCAGAUACUGGUUCCAGAGCUCUGUGCUAUACAUCCUAUUCCAGCAUCAUUGUGGAGAAAAGCAGUUUGCCUCCCCAGCAUACUUUAUCGCUUGCACUGCCUUUUGACAGCAGAGGAACUAAGAGCUCAAACAGCCACUGAUGCUGGUGUAGGGGUUAAAUCACUUCCUGCAGAUUUCAGAUAUCCUAACUUGGACUUCGGAUGGAAAAAGUCUAUUGACAGCAAAUCCUUCAUUUCUAUUCCCAACUCCUCUUUAGCAGAGAACGAAAAUUACUGUAAGCACAGCACAAUUGUAGUCCCUGAAAAUGCUGCACAUCAAGGUGCUAAUAGAACCUCUUCUGCAGAAAACCAUGACCAAAUGUCUGUGAGUUACAGAACAUUGCUCAAUGAGUCACCCAGUAAACUUCAAAUUGAUGUCUCGGCAGAACUUGCAGCAAUUAAUGGUGUUUCUUAUAAUAAAAAUCUUGCCAAUGGCAAUUGUGAUUUAGUUAACAGAGACUUUUGCCAAGGAAAUCAGCUGAAUUACUGCAGGCAGGAAAUACCUGUACAACCAACUACCUCAUACCCCAUUCAGAAUUUAUACAGCAGUGAGAACCAGCCGAAGCCCAGCAAUGAAUGUACUCUACUGAGUAAUAAAUACCUUGAUGGAAAUGCUAACAGAUCUACCUCAGAUGGAUGCCCCAAAAUGGCAGUGACCACCAGUACUUCAAAAGCUAUUAAUCUUUCGAAAGACAGAGCAGAUUCUGAAAAGAGCCCUUCCAGUGGGUACUCCUCAAAAACUCUCGGUCCUAAUCCUGGUCUCAUUCUUCAAGCUUUGACUCUUUCAAAUGCUAGUGAUGGAUUUAAUCUGGAGCGGCUAGAAAUGCUUGGUGAUUCAUUUUUAAAGCAUGCCAUCACUACAUACUUGUUUUGCACUUACCCUGAUGCUCAUGAGGGACGACUGUCAUAUAUGAGAAGCAAAAAAGUCAGCAACUGCAACUUGUAUCGCCUUGGAAAAAAGAAAGGACUGCCUAGUCGUAUGGUGGUAUCGAUUUUUGAUCCCCCGGUCAAUUGGCUUCCUCCUGGUUACAUAGUAAACCAGGACAAGAGCAACACUGAUAAGUGGGAGAAAGAUGAAAUGACAAAGGAGAACUUGUUGGCUAAUGGUAAACUUGAUGAUUAUGAUGAUGAUGAAGAGGAUGAAGACCUAAUGUGGAGGUUACCCAAGGAAGAAGCAGACUUUGAAGAUGAUUUUCUGGAGUAUGAUCAGGAGCAUAUCAAAUUCAUUGAUAAUAUGUUAAUGGGAUCAGGGGCUUUUGUGAAGAAAAUUUCUCUCUCACACUUUUCAACCACUGAUUCAAACUAUGAAUGGAAAGCACCCAAAAAGUCAUCCCUGGGUAAUGUUCACUUUUCAUCAGAUUUUGAUGAUUUUGACUAUAGCUCUUGGGAUGCUAUGUGCUAUCUGGAUCCUAGCAAGGCUGUUGAAGAGGAUGAUUUUGUAGUGGGCUUCUGGAAUCCAUCAGAAGAAAACUGUGGUGUUGAUGCAGGAAAACAGUCUAUCUCAUAUGACUUGCAUACAGAGCAGUGUAUUGCUGACAAAAGCAUUGCAGACUGUGUGGAAGCCCUGUUGGGCUGCUAUCUGACCAGCUGUGGUGAAAGAGCUGCUCAGCUUUUCCUGUGUUCAUUGGGGCUGAAGGUGCUCCCUGUAAUUAAAAAGACUGAUUGGGAAGGCACUUCGUGUGCUACCAGAGAGAAUUGUAACAGUGAGCAGAAAAAUCUUUCACCAAACUCUGUUUCUGCUUCUGUAGCUAAUUCAGAGUCUUCUCUGUAUAAAGACCUGGAGUAUGGCUGUUUGAAGAUUCCACCGAGGUGUAUGUUUGAUCACCCAGAUGCUGAAAAAACCCUAAAUCACCUUAUUUCUGGUUUUGAAAACUUUGAGAAGAAAAUAAACUACAGUUUUAAGAACAAGGCUUAUCUUCUUCAGGCAUUUACUCAUGCCUCAUACCAUUAUAAUACCAUUACUGAUUGUUACCAGCGCUUAGAAUUCCUGGGAGAUGCAAUUUUGGACUACCUCAUAACCAAGCACCUUUAUGAAGACCCACGGCAACACUCUCCAGGAGUUCUUACUGACCUACGAUCUGCUCUAGUCAAUAAUACCAUUUUUGCAUCAUUAGCUGUAAAGUAUGACUACCACAAGUACUUCAAAGCUGUCUCUCCUGAACUGUUUCAUGUUAUUGAUGACUUUGUGCAGUUUCAAAUGGAAAAGAAUGAAAUGCAAGGAAUGGAUUCUGAGAAAAAUUUUCUGCUAAUGUGCCCCGUUCCCCAGUGCGAGAGCUGCUGGAGAUGGAGCCAGAGACAGCCAAAUUUAGUCCUGCAGAAAGAACUUACGAUGGAAAGGUCAGAGUAACAGUGGAAGUUGUAGGAAAGGGAAAGUUUAAAGGUGUUGGCAGAAGCUACAGGAUUGCCAAAUCUGCAGCUGCGAGAAGAGCACUACGAAGCCUCAAAGCAAAUCAACCUCAGGUCCCAAACAGCUGAGACUCCUCUUAAAAAUAAAUAAAAUGGGGGGAAAAAACCACAUAGAAAUAAAACAAAUUUUUAAAAAUGUUGAUGUUGAGAGGAACAAAUUGGAAGACAGAAUUUAAAGUUUGUUUGAUAACAGAAUAGAUAACAAAACAUUUAACAUGUAUAAAAUUUUGGAACUAAUUGUAGUUAUAGUUUUUUGCGCAAACACAAUCUUGUCUUCUUUCCUCACUUCUGCUUUGUUUAAUCACGAGAGUGCUUUAAUGAUGACAUUUAGCAAGUGUUCAGAAUAAUUGUUGUCAGGUCUUUUUGGUUUACUUUUAUUGUCAGUACAGCUUUGCUUAGUGUUAGAAGGCCAGGGAGCUUACGCCUAAUGCAGUUGCUAGAUUUAUAUAUAGUAAUCUUAAAAUUCUUCAAUCUGUGCACUAGUGCCAGUCAUAAAGCAGUUGAUAAACUGUACUGGAUGAUUGGGUAUAAGAAAGAAUAAGUGUGCCAGUAUUCUUUUUUUUUCUUUUCUUUUUUUUUUUUUUCUCUCCAUGUCAUCUUUUUACAUUAAGAUGGCAUUCCCAAUCAUUAUUGCACUUAUUUGUUAGGGACAGAUUUUAAUUGAAAUGGCUGGCAUACUGGUAGAAUGAAACUUCAGUUUUCUUAUGCCACACAGUCUUGCAUAAAAAAAGGUUCUUGCCUUAAAAAUAAAUAAACCCUCAUUAAUAAUCUUUAAUUUCUGAUCUCUUUUGGAACAAACUGUUUUACAUUCCCUUCAUUUUGUUAUGCAUUUUACAAUGAUACAGCUCUAUAUUUACAGUACAACUCAUUACUAUAGCUGUGACUUAUUACAGGAUUAUAAUAGAAAUUGUAUUCAUAUAUAUGUAAUUAGGUUAUUUUUAACAAUUCUGAGGAAGUGGUUAGUCUACAGUGUUUUUUUUAUACCAUAAACAAAAUAUGGUCUUUGGCUAAAAUUCCAAUUUUACACAAACCUGCAAGCUAGAUAGUUCCAAUACUGGAAACAGUAAUGAAUAAUUGCACAGUGCAAACUGUCACUCUAACAAAAUAACCUUAGACAUAUCACACCUAAAAUAUGCUGCAGAUUUUAUAGUCAAUUGGUUACGUAUUUAACAAACAGAGCACCUUUACACUUAGAGAUAUUUCCACGUAAAUUUCUUACUGUACUUUUCAGAGUUGCAUGCAUAUUUCACCUACCAAAGCUGUGCUGUUAAAUAACAUGAAAGUUGAUGUUUGAGAUAUAACUGCCGUACUUUUGAUACAUCUGUGAUUUAGGUCCUUAAUUUAGAGAAACUAGCUCAUUGGUGUUUUGGUCUACUGGGGUGGGAGGGAAAUCAUACUUUUAUUUUUUAGGCUUUGCCUAUACUUCUUUAAUUAGAUUUUUGUAGGCACUCUUCACUUAAAUACCUCAGUUCUUUUUUUUUCUUUUCUUUUCCUUCUUUUUUUGCAUGCAUUGUUUUUUUCUGUUUUGGUGCUAUGUUUAUAUAUUAUGCUUGAAAUUUUAAUUUUUUGCACUGUAACUAUAAUACCUCUUAAUUUACCUUUUAAAAAAGCUGUGGGUCUCGUAUUCCCACCAAUAUCAGUAGAGGUUUGCUGCAAUUUUGCCCUGUUAAUUAUGCUUGAAGUUUGAGAAAGCAGAGCAAGGUGUUUUAAUGUUUUCCAGCACAAUAGUUUGAACUUGAUGCUGUGUCUUAUGUAUUAAAUUACAAAUAAAUACUGUAUUUCCUGCUUUGAAAACCUAUUCCUUUCCUCACAAAUGCACACUAAAACAAAACAAAAACUGUCAGCUCUUGCUUUCUUAACAAAAAAAUAAAAUAAAUGCCUUAGUGACAAGGGGUAGACAUUAAGCUUUUCUGAAAUACAGUUUUCAAAAGUUCUUAUAUUUUCUAUCCCAGUCAUUUUUCAUUCUGCAGAAAGGACCGUUCUUGUAUUUGAAAACAGCAUUGUUAUAGUAGUCAGACUGAGACUUAAAAUACUAGUUUAUAAAAAAUUUCUAGCAUUUGCUUGGUACUUUAGUCAUUAAAAUAUAACAGGGAAGUAUAAGACCUGCAAAUCUUGAUGUGUAUAAAACAAAUGUAAAUGAGAUGGAACAGUAAAAACAUGCAGUCUAAAUUCUCAAAGGUAAAUUGCUUUGAGUUAGCUGUUUAAAAAAAAAAGUCACCGAUUUAAGUUAUAACUCUUUCUUUGUGGUAGGAGUGAAGUUUCUUAGAGAAAAUACCUGAUCACCAAUGUUAACAAUUCUGUGUUUCUGGCCAGACAUCAAUCAGCAGAUAAAAUCAGACCAUCUAGAAAGUCUUAAGUAGUUCUAACUGCAUUAUGAAAAACUAAAAUUUAAGUUAGUCUUUGAACGCCUAAAAUUUUCUUCCUGAUUGUUACAAGGUUAUAGAUUCUCAGGGGUUUCAGGUAAUUGUUAGCAGUAAAGUGCUACAGAGUGUUUUGAUGCAAAGAAAAUUAACUGAACUUGCUCUGUGUUUCAGAAUAGUUUAAUGAUCACUUUGUUACUAGAUAAAGCCUAUGAAUUGGAAAUCUGAAAUGUGUAGUGGCUGACUAUAAAGUAGUUUCUGCUGCUGAUGCGUUUUUAAAUGUGUUUUAAAUGCCGUAACUUUUUCCAGUGUGACCUCAUUGAAAUAUUUUUUUAUCCUUUGAGAUAGAAAAUUCAUAUUAGCUUCCAUGUUAUACAUCUGUGUGUUUUGCCCUACAGUUGAUAUGAUUUUGAUAUUGGACAGUGUAUGCUAUUAAAGACCUAAAUCUGAUCAUUUGAAGGUUGGGAUAGAAAUCACUUGACAUGCUAUAAGCACAAGUGUGAGCGGACUGUUGCAACCCAUCUUCAAAAGCAACCACACAGGCUCAUCAUAAAUAGUGUGGGGGUUAGUUGGCAUGAACCUUGUUUUUUUAUCUAAGUCCUGUUAUACUGUACUUUAAACAGUCCUCCUAACUAUGCUGCGUUUUUAUUUUUAUGGCUUUUUUUGCGCUGUUCUGUUCAUGUAGCACAAAUAAGCAUUGCACUUGGUACCAUGCUUUACCUCAUUUCAAGGAAAAAAUGCUUAACAGAGAGGAAAAAUGUGGUUUGGCCUUGCUGCUGUUCUGAUUUACUGAAUUUGAAAAAGAUAAUUAUAAUGCCUGUAAUGUGUCAUUUACUUGCACAACUUAAAUAGGUCAUUUGUAACGUCUGUGGCAUUUUUACUGUAUGUGGAAAAAUACAACAAAGAUGUGUAACAACUCUUGAUUGUAUUUUAAAGCUAUUGUUUUUCUACUACAUCAUUUUACUGUUAUGUGAAGUAAUUAAAAUUAGAAUGACCUCUGACACUCCGGUAAUUAUCUCUGAACAAACCAACAUAUUAUGUUUGCGAGAAGACAGCCCCUAGUAAUUUGGUCAACCUCAGCUAAAUCUCUGCUCAGUCUGAAUAUUGAGUGCCCAGUAGCGACUUCUGAAGUGUUUGUUCAGCUUGAUGCUGCUAAAAUCCGUACAGAAAAAAAGCCGACUAUUUUUAAGUCUCAUUACACAAUAGUAUGUUGUGACUGCAGAGUACAGAACUUGGACAAGAACCAGUUUCCGUGCUGGGGUGGAUUAUAGUGGUGGCCCAGGGAUGAGGUGCCAGAUCCUCAGCUAGUGCGAAUUGAUGUGGUAUCAUUUUAAUCAAUGGAACUGCAUUCUUUUACAUACCUGAAGAUCUUGUGCUUUUAUGUAUGUUGCAGAGUUUGGGUUUUCCUCCUUGUAAGCAAAUACAGAACCAUAAACUGGAAAAUGUGGGUUUUAUGUUACUGCAUAUGACAUAACUAUGCUACGUGCAUUUACCUGUACAGAAAGUGAAAUCUUUGUAUCCCAGUCACAGCAGCACACGUAAUCCAAACAUGACAAAUAGCAUCGUGCUCUGCUGUGAUAGUACACUUGCCUCUAUCUGACAGUAUUCGGGGCUUGUAUGUUUUGGGUGGGGUUCCCUACAAAAGCAUUCUCAUGGAGAUUUCGGUAUUUAUUACAUGAGUAAAGCGAGAAGGAUUUUGAUUUUUGGUACUUAAUUACUGACAUUGAUCAUUUUCCAAUUGCUCUAAUUUUCAAGAAGUUAAUUUCUUUGCUUUCAUAUUAGGUUUAAAACUUAAACCACUGCAGUACAUGAGCAUGAAAUGUAAUCUAAAUAUCAACUGUAACUCAAUCUGAAUUAUGUUAGCAAAUAUCUGGAGGUCAUUGUAGUAUACUCCACUAGCAGUUAAAAUUAACUUCUGUCAAAGCUAACUACAUUUCUUAAAAAUAAAUUUUAUCCAAUACAGUCCUUAGGUUUUUUCCCUCUUUUGUUUGAAUGGCAACCACAGACUACUUUAAUUGCAUUGUAGAUGCACUCAGAAUUUACUGCAGCAGCAAGUUGGAGAGAAAAAUGUUUGUGAACAAGAAUUGGAAAUUGCAGGCAUUUUUAUUGUAAAUAGUUUGACUGAAAAGGUGGUUAAAAUCGAGUAGAAUGAAUAACGAAUAUAAUUUGAUGGACAAUAAAAUAUUUACCAUCACAUGCUGCAGCUGUCUUUAAGGGACAUAAAAUGUAAUUCAUUCAUACUGUAAUCAUGCUGCAGAAGUUUGCAAUCUGCACCUUAUGGAUCACAAUUACCUUUAAUAGUUUUUUGUAAUAAUUGUAGCUGAGUAUAUCUCCAAUAAAGUUAUGGUCUGU